AUGGCUGCCGUGACACGUGUCCCUUUCCCCAAUCCAAUUUCAAUUGCCACCCAUAAAUGUGUACACUCCAUUAGUCGCCCUAGGCUACCAGAAUUAUCCGCCAUUUUUCCUUUAAAUGCCAAAAAAUUGAGGAGAUUUUCGGUGGUCGCGAUGGCUGAUUUAAGUAAAAGCACUGUUCUUGUUACAGGAGCUGGUGGCAGAACUGGCCAAAUUGUUUAUAAGAAACUGAGAGAGAGGUCGGACCAGUAUGCUGGUAGAGGAUUGGUAAGAACUCAGGAGAGCAAGGAAAAGAUUGGCGGAUCAGAUGAUGUUUACAUUGGGGAUAUAAGGACAGCAGAAAGCAUUGCUCCAGUAAUCCAAGGUAUUGAUGCCCUCAUAAUUCUCACAAGUGCGGUGCCAAAGAUGAAACCCGGGUUUGACCCAUCAAAAGGUGGCAGGCCUGAAUUCUACUUUGAAGAUGGAGCAAAUCCUGAAGAGGUUGACUGGAUUGGGCAAAAGAAUCAGAUAGAUGCUGCCAAAGCUGCGGGAGUGAAGCAAAUUGUAUUGGUUGGAUCAAUGGGAGGAACAGAUCUAAACAAUCCCCUAAAUAGCUUGGGAAAUGGAAACAUAUUGGUAUGGAAGAGAAAGGCGGAACAAUAUUUAGCUGACUCCGGAAUUCCAUACACCAUUAUUAGGGCUGGUGGCUUGCAAGAUAAAGAAGGAGGUGUAAGAGAACUGCUUGUUGGAAAAGAUGACGAACUCCUUAAGACUGAAACGAGAACUAUUGCCAGAGCAGAUGUUGCAGAAGUCUGCAUUCAGCCUCUUUACGGCUAUCACCAUCCCAACCCCAGGUUCUGA